UUGGAGAAAGGGAUUUGGACACGUUUAAGCAAGCAACCUUCAAAGGCCAGCUGGGACUUGCUAGCUGUGCGCUGUACAUAAUUGAGAAAGCAGACAGGAGGCUGUAUGUGCCAGAAGCAGCCAUGUCUGUUCAUUGCACAGCCAGGAGAGCCUUUGCAAGGUGAAUAUCGGAGAAGUACAGCAAGAACAGCUGGUGAGUGCCAGAUGCUGUUGCUACUGCUGCUGCUCAUGGUUUGGGCACCUUUGCCAAUACAUCCUCUGAUCCUGGUUGAGGAUGACAGAUGCAACCAAACAGAUUGGCAAAGGAAUCCAGAAGGUGUGUCUGACAAAAAAAGCCACCUUCUGAACGUGAGUGUCAGCAACCAGGGAUGCUCCAACUCCCUUUUUCUGACCUGGGAAAAACUCCCAAGAGGUGUCCAGAACAUCUCACUUGCUCUAUACAAAUUUGACACAAGCACAGUGUUGCAAAAUGGAUCGGCUGGGCUUAAUGCCACCAGCUUUCUCUUUGAGGGCUUGCUUCCUGGGACACAAUACAACAUUGAAGUCACUGCGUUGCUAAUUUGCACACAAAAUUCCAGUCACAGAGUCACUGGGAGGACAGUUCCUGGACCUGUGCGGAAUGUGGUCUUGAGCCAUGACAGUCCUUCAGUGCUACUGGCAUCCUGGAGUGAAGCGACCGGUGGAAAGGAUGCUUACCAAUUAGUUCUCUACCAUAUAAAAUCCCAGACAGCUGUCAAGAAUGUAACCAUCCCCAAAAGUGCCACCACUUACCGCUUUGAGAAGCUUCUAAAUGGCAGUGAAUAUGCCCUACAGAUCACUACACUUGCUGGACCUUACAAAGCAAGCACCAUUGCUCGGCAUUGGACAGCUCCAGUUGUGCCUGAAGCAUUGGUAUUCCAGAACAGUGGCUCCAGCUCAAAUUUGACUGCCUCAUGGUCCAAUGCAGGUGGAGCAGAAUGGCUCCAUUUCACUCUCCAGAACCUCCAUACCAUGACGGAGAGUACUACAGUUUCAGUCAAGAGGGGCCUAACAAACUAUACUUUUCAACACCUGAAGCCAGGUACCCCCUAUCGACUGGAGGUCAAGGCCACAGCUGGACCUUACCGGGUUGAGGGGUCCAAGGUUACGGCUUAUACCUAUCCUAUGAAGCCAACUAACCUAAGUUUGAAUAGCUAUGGCAAAAGUAACACUUUAAAGGCAUCAUGGAAUUCAUCAGUUGGAGAAAGAGAAUUCUAUUUGGUUCUUCUGCAAGAAGGUGAAAGCAGUGUAUCCAUCAGAAAUAUGUCAGUUGGAGGCAACACUACACAACUUACCUUCCAUAACUUGAGUCCUGGGAGCCUCUAUACGCUUUGGGUGACAGCUGUUGCUGGACCAUAUAAAGUAUCUGCAAAGAGCAUCUCUGCAUGGACAUAUCCUUUGCCUCUAAAGCACCUGAGCCUCAGUAACAAAGGUAAAAGCACAAAAUCUCUGCAAGCUUCUUGGCAAAUCCCACCUGUAGAGAGAGGCCACUAUAUAGGAACUGUCAUGGAGACCAAAUCUCAGUUGGAGGUCACAAAUGUCACUGUGGAAAUGAGCAAACAGAGAACAAACAUCACCUUUGAAGGGCUGCUUCCUGGACGUCAGUACACUCUGAAGAUGGUGGGAGUAGCCGGACCACAUCAAUCCCUUGUUCAGACGGUUAGCAACUGGACGUACCCAUUGGUUCCUUCAGGUGUGACAUUGGUCAGUAGCAGAUGGUCCUCCAGACUUUUUGCCUCUUGGGAAAUACCCCCAGGUGACAGAGACCAGUUCUUCCUGCGUUUCUACAGCCAGGAGCAUCCAUUGCUGCAAAGGAAUGUUACCAUUGGACCAGGCAAGCAGAAUUUCACAUUUGAGGACCUUCUUCCUGGCACCCAGUACUUUCUGGAGGUUUCAGCAUUGGCGGGACCAUACCGAGCCUCAUCUCAGGUUGUCUCUGCAUGGACAUAUCCUCUGUCUCUGUCUAAUGUAAGUGUGAAAUGUGGUCAGAGCCCCCAACAGCUGAUUGUGAGCUGGAUGGAAUCAGGGAGAGGACGGGAAUACUGGGUACAACUCUAUUCAGAGGAAUCCCUGUCCAUUAUCCAAAAUGUGUCAGUGCCACAUGGGACGACCCAGGUGACCUUGGAUAACCUUGUGCCAGGAACCCGGUACCGUGUUGAGAUUGUCUCCAGAGCUGGACCUCAUUACAUAUCAUCUCAAACGGCGAUUGGAUACACAGUGCCUUUGAUGCCAUUGUCCUUGAUGGUGACCAGUCAUAUCUCUUCAGUGUUGAAUGUGCAGUGGAAGGCUCCAACUGGACAGAGAGACAGGUAUAUGGUCUCUGUAUCUGAAGAAGGAGCCACCGAUACCAAAAGACAUGUGGCAGUCGAGAAAGCCAACACCAACACCACAAUAAUGGGGCUAGCCCCAGGCACAUGCUAUUUCAUUGCAGUGUGGUCACUGGCUGGACCCUAUAGCUCUGCUUCCAGGAAUGAUACAGCUUGCACACCCCCUGCUCCUCCUGUGAACCUGACCCUGAAAAACCUUGCCAACUCAUCUGUGCUGUACACAGCUUGGGCAAAGCCCCCAGGAGGCAGGGACCACUAUCGAAUGAUCCUGUACAGUCUGUUACCUCCAGGGCUGGAGAGAAUUCGUGAGGUGGGACCAGACUCUCAGGAUUUCCUCUGGACAGGUUUGCCAGCAGGAAGCCAGUUUGCUGUGCAGGUCACUGCAGUGAAAGGCCAAGCUGAGGCUUCCUCGACCAUCGCUGUUGCAUGGACAUCUCCUUUGCCUGUCACCUUUAUGAAAACAUGGAAUGAAAGGCGACCAGGUAGACUGAGUGUGUCUUGGGUACCAACCUCUGGGAGACUGGAUAGCUAUGAGUUGAAUUUGUACCCCUCAGAACCCAUUGCCACAGCACUGCAUACGUCUCUGGGGAAAGACGCCACCAAUUUCACCUUCUCAGGUCUCAUACCAGGCACUAAGUACUUGUAUGAGAUUGUCUCAAGGGCUGGGCCGACUAGAUCAUCAUCAGGGAACUUCAGUGCUUGGACAAGUCCUCUGCCUCCUCGCAUAGUGCAUAUUUCAAACAAAGGUUACACCGACAAGCUAAAUGCUUUUUGGGAGCCAACUGCUGGAGGCCAUGAUGGCUAUGUAUUAACAUUGUAUUACACUGGGUCAGGCACUGUGGCAGCCAAGGCAUCAGUGGCGAAAGGUGUCACAAAUUUCACCUUCACAGGCCUUAUCCCAGGAAGUGAAUACUUACUAGAAGUUGCUUCCACAGCUGGGCCCCAUCGGAUCCCAGCUCGGAAUGUCAGUGACUGGACAUAUCCUUCAGUUCCUAGGAAACUUUCUAUAAAGUCCGACAAGAGGAACCCUGCAAUGUCAGUGACCUGGGGAAAGCCCCUCAGCAAGCCAGAACAUUGCCAGCUACAGCUGUGGUUUUCUGGCAACAAGACUGUGCUGCAGCGUCACACCUUGGUCCAGUGGGAAAUCCAACAUGUUUUCCAGGGACUGGUGCCAGGGAGAAAUUAUUCUGUAUCCCUCAGUUGCACGGCAGGACCGUAUGAGAAUAGUUCUGAGAUGAUGGCAAUGCCAAUAGAGCCCACUCAAGUUAAGGACUUGCAGUGUUUGCCUGAUGCGACCAGUGUGUUUCUAAACUGGACCAUUCCUGAAGGUGACAUUGAAGCCUAUGAACUUACAGUGAGGAAAUUUUCCAAAGGAGGCCUCCAAAAAUCUAGACGUCUUCUGGCUGUUUCCAGGGCUGAUGCCACUCUAGCAGAGCUCACCUCAAACACUGCCUAUCAAAUCAGUGUCAGUGCUGUUGGCAAGAAUGGAAUGAAGGGGCCAGCGGUGGCAUUGGGCUGCAAUACAUCUGUGGAAGUCCUACCACCUCCUGUGCAUGUGGACACCCCUCAGUUUGAUGACAGCUCCAGAAUCAUCAUCUCUCCUGAUAUGUUCAGUGAGGAUAAUGGUCUCAUUGAAUACUAUGGGGUUGUUGUCACAACUAAUGAGUCUUUGUUGAGGCCUACUCAAGACAUAAUCUCCCGCACAUGGUAUGAUCACUAUUACGGGCAUGAAGACUCAUACUUGGCUCUGUUGCUGCCAAACCCGUUCCAUCUCAAUGAAAGCACAAGCCCCAAGAUCUGGCCAGUGACCGUAGGUGCAGAGGAGUGCAGUCAGUCUCGGGAAACCUGCAAUGGAAAGCUGAAAACAGAUGCACAGUACAGGUUCAGCAUUGCUGCUUUCACCAGAUACAGCCAACGAACUCCUAAAGUAUCAUUCACAUCAUUCUCAGCGGCAGAUGCCUCUGCAGCCUCUGCAGCCUCGCCUAAUAUAUCUGCCCCAGUUGUGUCGGGGAUCAUUGUUGGAUUCCUUGCAACUGUCACAGCAAUUGCUGGAUGGAUCUGCUGGAGACAUCUGAGAGCAAGAAGACUGGAAAAGGGUAACAUGCCUCAAGAAAUGAUCACUUACAGUCUCAGAAACACCCAUCGUCCCAUCCCUCUUCAAAGUUUCAGACAGUACUAUGAGGCAAGGGCAGCAAAUUCCAAUAAUGGUUUUUUUCAAGACUUUGAGGAACUCAAAGAAGUGGGAAAAGAUCAGCCCAAAACAGUAGCCGAACUUCCUGCCAACACCUCCAAGAAUCGGUACCCGCAUGUUCUGCCAUAUGAUUACUCCCGAGUGAAGCUGAGCCUGAUGGAUGAGGAGCCUCAUAGUGACUACAUUAAUGCCAACUUUGUGCCAGGCUACAACUCACCUCAAGAGUUCAUUGCAACACAGGGGCCCUUGAAGAAAACCCUAGAUGACUUCUGGAGGUUGGUCUGGGAGCAGCACAUCUGCACCAUUGUGAUGCUCACAGUGGGCAUGGAGAAUGGACGGGUGCUGUGUGAAUAUUAUUGGCCCUCAGACAGCUCUCCUUUCUGUUCGGGACAAAUCAAAAUACAUUUGCUUGCUCAGAAUUUUGCAGAUGAGUGGACUACAAGGGAGUUCAGGAUUCAACAUGAAGGGCUAAAUAUGGAGCGGAGAGUGAUCCACUUGCACUACACAGCAUGGUCUAAUCAUGGUGUUCCUGAGUCCACUGCUUCUCUCAAUGCCUUCAUAGAGCUGGUCCGAGCACAUAUGCAGAGUGCAAGUGAGACUGGGCCUACAUUGGUACAUGGCAGUGCAGGUGUAGGCCGCACAGGAACUUUCAUUGCCCUCGAUCGUCUCCUGCAGCAACUGAAGCAUGAAAAGGUAGUGGAUGUGUUCAAUACCAUUUACAGCCUGAGGAUGAACCGUCAUCGGAUGAUCGAAACCCUGGGGCAGUACAUCUUCCUCCACAGCUGUAUUCUAGAGAAGAUAUCUGAAGAACCACUCCUUGACCAGUCUGGUCUAGAGCUGUCACACCCAAUACCUCUGAAGAAUUUUGUGCAACAUCAUGCAAAGAAUUGCUCCAAAGCCAAUGCUGGUUUCCUGAGAGAAUAUGAGCAGAUGCUCUUGGAAGCUGCAAAAGAGGAAGUCAAUUCUGUUUUCCCAUUUUCUGGAAGCCAACCCCUUGGACUUGAAUCCGGCAAGAUCUCUUAUGACCGUUCUAAAGUGAAGUUCUCACCAUUGGAUCGGGAUCCUUUCUCAGACCUCUCACAUGUCUGGUUCAUCCCAGGAUGCAACUCAGUCAAAGAUUAUAUAGCUAUUGAAGGACCAGACAAACUUGCCCUGGAGGAAUUCUGGGGUCUAAUCUGGGAAUAUGGAGUCCACACCAUCAUCACACUUCUUUCUGGGCAGAUGAAUUGUCCAGCUCCAGACAAUUCAUGUUGGCCCUCUGAGGGUGACCCAGUCUGCACAGAGAGGUUGACCAUCCAGCAAGGCCCAAAGAAAGUCAUUUCAGGAUGGCCAUGCAUUCAGCUCAGACUAAAAUAUGAAAAAAAGGCCAAGGAGAGACUGUUGCAAAGGUUCCAGUUCCCUCUGGCAGAAGGAGAGGAGCUGCCAGACCCUGAAAUCCUAGUAGGCUUUCUCACCAUGGUCAGACAACUGGUGCCAUAUCGGAAAAGAACUAGCCCGGUGAUCCUGCAUUGCAGCUUGGGCGGUCUGGGCCAGAUGGGGAUGUUGAUUGCCUUGGAUACCCUCUUGCAACAGUUGAAAGAAGAGAAAAGUGUGGACAUAUAUGGUGUCGUUUUGCGGCUGGUGAGGAGCUGCUGUCUCAUGACUCCAACACUGGAUAGGUACAUUUAUCUGUAUGACUGCAUUCGUGACACUAUCAUCCAGAAACAAAUUUGAGCCUUGGUCUCCACUCUUUGCUUGAUGACUGAUGGAAUGAAGAACCCGGCAGAGCUAUGAGCAUAGACUGAAAUGGGUCUAUGUUAGGGAUGAGUAAUCACUCUCGGUUUGUGGAGAAGAUAAAACUACGGGAGUCAAUAGUAGUGAACUGCCUUUGAUGUUCCUUUGAUGUUCUUCAGAAGGAACUUACGUCUAUUGAAAGCAAACUCCUCUGCCUCAACCCAGAGGGUUUCAUGGAAGAACAAUUUGCCAUAAUUCCAGAUGUCCUGUUUACAAAAAAAUAAGAAGAAGAAAUGGGUGCCUUCAUCUUUCAGAGUUUAUUCAGCUGCUUUGGAACUUGAGAACUUGGUAGAAGUUAGGACGUUGCCUUGGAACUUGAGAGUCUGAAGGUUUGCCACUGAUUAACAUAAAUGAUGGACAGCCAAACAGUGGAAUCACAAUGUGUUAUCUUGAUUUGGUGUGUCUUCAAGUCUCUUCUGACUUACGGUAACCUUAUCACAGGGCUUUCCUGAUCAAGAUUUGUUAAGAGGGGGAUUCCCAUUGCCCUCCUCUGAAGCUGAAAAAGUGUGAUAUACCCAAAGUCCCC